AUGGAUGUCAUGCCUGGGAAGUUUGAUGGAACUAAUUACAGCAUGUGGAAGUUCCACUUCGACUUCUUUGUUGAAGGAAAAGGAUUAGAGGGUUACUUGAAUGGCACUGUUACUAAACAAGAUGAAACUGAAGUGAAAGCUUUUCAGCAAUGGAAGCUUGAUAAUGGGAAAUUAGUCUUUUGGAUCCUUAUUUCUAUUGUGCCUCAUGUUUCUGUACCUAUGAGGAGAAUGAGGACAGCAAAUGAGAUGAAUACUUACAUGAAGAAAGUUUAUCAUCAGUCUAACAUGUCAAGACAUUAUCAAAUAGAAUCUGAAAUCUUUGCUUAUUCUCAAGGAGAUAAGAAGAUACAGGAGUAUUAUGCGGCAAACUUGACUUGUGGGCUGAAUAUGACUUAG